AUGGGUUCCUCACCGAAAGUUGAACAGGGUCUAGUUCAACCAAGGUAUUCACUAGGCUCAACACCUUUUGUCAGGAAAUCGUCGCAACUGAAUCAGAAUUCGCGCUAUUCGUCCCUUCACCACUUUGGUCUCCGUCUCAUUGAAGCAAUUUCGAGGCGCAGUGCUCUUCGCACUUCGGACGAAGCCAAGACACGCAACCUUACGGGCAAGAAGACCUCGGAUCGUGACAAUGGGAUGCUAGCAACGGCCAAAGGAGGCCCCCUUCGUCUUAUUUGUCCUGCUAGCCUCCACCGAUGGACCCGUUCUACCCGAAUGGCUUGGUCACUUCUUGUUCCCGAUCCUUGUGAGAUCUUUGGCCGGGCUACCCUGAUCAUCGUCGAGCACACCGACCCGGACUUUGGGGUUCAUGUUCUCCAACUUGCCACUAUGGGCUUGGAAAGAUUUGUGUAUCUGAAAACCCGGGCCGGGUUUGAAGCAAUAAGCACGAUCUGGUUGACGAAACUCAUCCGCAUAUCGUGGAAGAAUUGCACUGAUCGAUGGGGAGCCUCAACACUGGUGAUCUUCGAUGAAAAAGACCGUCUAGACACCGAAAGCGAGAAUGCGAUGAUGCCGCGAAGGAGUUCACAGAUCAGCAUGGCUUCCAAACCCGACGAGCGCGCAGCAAUGACAAUUCAUGAGACAAGCGAGAUGGAACCCACCAUGACCAGGUCGAGAACAAGCAUAUCCGCCGAUCGACGUCAUCCCCAUUUGGUUAUGCUUGCUUUCUUGCGCAGCGGAUUUACCGGCAGAUCCCCCUCCUCAAUCCCUCACACCGUCGAGUUCGACUACACCACCUUGUCCACCUUGUCCACCUUGCCGGGGCCCUCGAGUUUCGCCAAGGGCUGUCAAUCGGCUCGUCGAAGGCUUGUCACAACUCGAGUCGAGACGGCAUCCCAUUGCCGAGCUUUCGUCCCGCCUACUGGUCCUGCCAAGCCAUGUCAACGGCCGGCUGGGAAUGUCACAAUGUCACGUCGUUCACGUCUCUUCGAUGACGGUUCGAAGUUUGUCGUGAACUAUCCUCUGAUCAACAUCCCACCACCUCGGGCGCAGAAUCUCUGCCUACGCACUCUCAACUUCUACCUCAUAUGUCCUUCCGCCUCUGAGUGGAACCCGGUCACGGUGAGUCGAGCUGUGUCGAGAGAUCCGGGGCCCUUACCCAACAAGGCAUGGUGGCAUGGCCUCGACGCUCUCCCGUACUCGGAACGCUUCUCUCGCGAAUUCCGUGGUGUUUGGGCCCGUCUCAACCUCCAUCAGAAUCAGUCAGCGGCGUAUCUGGCCCAAGCUCGCUGGUCAGGACCAGCGACCUCACACGCCUCACGUUUGAGGAUCUACACCAUCCUAGCGUCGUUCUCAAAUCUUUUGCAGAAUGACAUGGGAUGGCCCUUGUCCUUCCCAGGAACGCUCCCGCCGCUAAACCUUGUCCGACAUCAUCGUCGCCCUCAUCGACGCCGAGCCCCAAACAACCAGAUCUACCAAUCGGGUCCGGGAUCACCAAUAGCUUGUUCCUGCAUGAUCCAUUCUCGCCGUCUUUGCCGGAGGGAAACUGGACUCGGUCUAUGUAACUUCCUGGCGCGUGGCGUUUCUCCCUCGCCUGGCCAUCGCUCAGGACCCGCAAACCCCUUCGAAACGAUCGAAAACCAAUCGCAUCUUUGGAAAGCUCGUCUUUGCUGGUGCACACAGCCUGCGUCUUCCAGUCGUCAGAUCAAUGCUUCAACUGAUCUUUCACUGUCCAAGACCUGUCAUCCAGAGUAUCGACAAGUUUGUAUAAGAAUCACUCGCAUGUCCGGUCAAACUUUCAUCUUUUCCCUUCUCAUCAGCAUCUCAUCUUCACUUCAGCCUUCUUUCAUCUGCCUUUCUUUCCGACACGAGCCCGGAGCUCCUACACGGCCUUUUACACUUUAA